UCGUGGACGAUCUUACCGCCGAUCUCAGGCAGCCAAGAGGAUUGCAGAGAUGCGUCGUCCCUUGGAAAUGAACCCUCAAAGACCCUCUGUUUCUUCUGUUGAUGGAACGGGAUUUCGCAAUCCAGCGAAGAAGUGGCCAACUUACACCUUGACCGGGAAGCAGCACAAGAUGGUCUUUCUAGAUCACUCUCCAGACAAUAAGUUUGUCCUUCUUGUAGGCGACUCACAUCUGCGAGGCAUUGCAGAUGGUUUUGUGGAGAUGCCAGCAGUAUUUUCUUAUGGUGUGAUGUCUACGCCGGGGGCCGCUGCAAAGGACUUGCGGACUGAGGUGCUGAAUGCUGUGUUGGAUCGUACUCCUGAUGUUGUCUGUGUUUUGGCCCCAUCCAACAACCUCACUUCUAGUCGAACCGUCAUCGAGGCUGGUGAAGAGUUCGCCCUGCUCCUUGGUAGUGUUUGCGAGAAAUGGGAUGAGGUGGUGGUGGUGGAUUUUCCUCCAGGGCUUAACGUACCGGUGGAUGUGCAGGAGCACCUGCGAAAUCAGUACCGUCUUAAGGCUGCAUCUGCAGGUGUCCGGUACUAGUCUGUUGCUGAGCAGUUUUCUAUGAACGACCUUCAGCUGUGGUACAAAGACAGCGUGCAUUUGAGUGACUCUGACGGGAUGCCCAUCUUGGCAAAGGCGUUCUUUUCUGCUGCACAUGACCACCUGCUGAGCAAGGUGCUGGAUCCUGUUUCUACCAAGAAGCCAGAUGUUUCUCCAAAGACAUCGCCUCCUGCUCGCAGGAUCUCGCCGAAGGUGGUCGUGAAGGGAGAGGUCCGCCGCGUGCCACGCCGACCAGGCCCUUCUGAGUGGACAUUUGUUGGAUGUGGCAAGAAGAGACAUCAUUUGGGGAAACCAGAGCAGUCUUGCAGUGCACCCAAAAGGAGGCUUGUUCAUCAGCAGGUUUGUCAGGUUUCAUUUAUUUGCUGAAAAACACGGAAAUAUUUAUGAUCAUAAUUGUAUGGAUAGCGUUUGUGUAGCAGGGUGUCCAUAACAUUUUUUCUGCUGUAUAUUUCAGGUUGUCAAAGAAUGUUCUGUAAUUAAAUGUUGCGUUUAAAAACACUGAUGCACCAGUGUCUACAGCUGUUGGUGCGUUAGGCACUCCGUGUAAAAAUCACAAAAUUGUGGCUGAUGGUAACUGUUUCUUUAGAGCAGUCUCCCAAGCUGUGAGUGGCUCAGAAAGGCACCACGGACAAGUGAGGUUUGCUGUUGUUAGGCAUUUACAAAGCAAUGCAAUGACAUAUAAGAAUAUGUUAAGAGAUGCAUAUUCGUCAGUGGCAGAGUACAUAAGUACUUUAAAGAUGCAUAAGCUUGGUAGUUGGGCAACUGAGGUUGAAAUUCAAGCGGCAGCCAAUGUUUUAGGUGUCAAUAUUUUCACAUAUGUUCAAGACAGAUGGUUAGAAUAUAGUUGCAGGAAUAACUGUUUCUCAAACCAGGGGAUCCACUUGGAGAACUGCAAUAAUAACCAUUAUGAGACAGUUCUAUGUGUCAAUCAGCCUCAGUUGCAGAGCUGUUAUGGCUUCUGCAAAAGGUUAACUUCUGCAAGCUACAAUUUGAGGCAACGUAGUAAAGUGAAAGACGAUAGAACACAUCAACAACAGCAUAGUAACGUGCAGAAUGAAACAUCCUCCUACUUGAAGAGGAAACAGAAAUUACAAAAGAAAAUGAAAUAUCACAACAAUGAGUUGCAUAGAGAGAAAAUGAAGGGAAUAAGUAUAGGGAAAUACGAGACAGAUGAAUUACAUAGAGAGAAAGUGAAGGCAUUUAGUAAAAGUAAGUACUGUGAAAAUGAAUUUCACAAGCAAAAUGUAAAAGCCAUGAGUACAAAGAAGUAUAGCAAUCCAGAGCAUAAGAAGCUUGUUAUAGCAGGUAACAAAUUAAGGAUGAAAAUUCAGAGCAGUUUGAUUUUGUGAUGGAGCAGUUUUUGGAAAAAGUUAAAAAUGGGCCAGAUUUUGUGUUGUUUGUCAUAGAUUGUUGUUUAAACAUCAGGUUGUACAUUGUAAAAUAGAUGAUUAUAAAAACAGUACAGCAAUUGCAGAUGCAUGUAUAAGUGAAAAAUAUUUACACAAAUGUAAUAAGGAUUGCGUAAUGCCAUGUCAAUGGUUGGGUACAGCAAGAGGUCAGCUGUGGAUUUGUUGCACUUGUCAUUUUAAGAUUAAUAGAGGUGAAAUGCCACCUGAAUGUGCAAUAAACAAUUUGGCAGUUCAUCCCAUUCCGGCACAGUUGGAGUGUUUGAAUAGCUUAGAACAACAUUUGAUUGCUUUGAAUAUACCAUUUAUGAAAAUGUUGGCAUUACCUAAAGGUGGUCAAAGUGGAGUACGUGGACCAGUGACAUGUGUUCCAGCAAAUAUUGUGCAGACUAAUAAUUUACUUCCACGUUCUGACAUGGAAGGAUCUUUGUUGGCUGUUAAAUUGAAGCGUAAACUAACAUAAAAGGGGCAUUAUGAAUAUCAAUUUGUUAACACUAUGUGCAUAAAGCAAGUGUUGCAAUAUUUAAAACAGACAACUGUACAUUAUAAAGAUGUAGAGUUUAAUGAAGCUUGGCUAAAUGGGUUUAGUAGGGAACAAGAUGAAGAGGUUUUAGGAAAGGAGAGUGAAACAAAUGUAGAGAGUGGUGAAGCAUCUACAGAUGUUGGUGAAGAUAAGCAUUUGCAUGAUAGGCAGCAACAUUGUAUGUUUCAGGACACGUGUCUCAUGCCUCUUGACAUUGGUCAGGAAGUGCUUGAUCAAUAUGUUGAUGAUGUUUUGAAUGUGGCACCAGCAGAAGGGAGUAAUCCUGUGAAAUUGCUUUCUGAUCAUGAAAACGAAGCCAAAUGCUUCCCACUGUUUCCACAGGGAUGGUCCACAUACCAUGCUAGUAGACAGUAUCGCUUGACAUUGUCGCGUUAUUUUAAUAACAGGAUUUUACAUGUUGAUGGUAGAUUUUCACAAAAUGUUGAGUACAUCUUUUUUGCUCAGUACAUGUCUGAGGUUGAACAAGUUGUGUCAAACGUAUCCAUAGCAUUACGGAAAGGACAAGGAGGUAGUAAAGGUUAAAAGGUUAGCAAUGAUGUGUUGAACAAUGAAGAGUCCUUAAAGAAGUUGUUGGAAUUUGAUAAUGGCUAUCGUUUUCUUAAACCUAUUAGAGGUACCCCAUCUUUUUGGCAGGGAGCACAGCGUGACUUGUUGGCUUGUGUUCGUCAGCUUGGUGUCCCUACAUGGUUCUGUUCGUUUUCUUCUGCUGAUAUGCAUUGGAAAAAUCUUCUGUAUAGUAUUUUGAAACAGGAAGGUAGAACGCAGACAGUUGAGGAUUUAGAAUGGGCAGACAGAUGUGACCUUUUACGUCGCAAUCCCGUCACUGCAGCGAGUGUUUGAUUUUCGCUGGCAUUGUUUUUUUGAAGGCGGUACUCAUGUCUCCAUCUCAUCCAAUUGGGAAAAUAAAGGACUACUUUUAUAGGGUGGAAUUCCAGCAACGUGGUUCACCACAUGUCCACUGUCUAUUUUGGAUUGAGAAUGCCCCAUUAAUUGAUAAAAACACAGAUGCUGAGGUAAUUGAAUUUGUUGAUAAAUACUUAACAUGUGAAUUACCAUCACAAGAUGAGCCCUUAAAAGACACUGUGACGUCUGUGCAACAGCAUUCCAAGCAGCAUUCAAAAACGUGUAAAAAGAAUAAAACUGUUUGCCAUUUCGGUUUUCCCAGGCCGGCAUCAGCUCGAACAUUUAUAUGUCGUGAAGACGAUAAGAAAAUGUGCACGUGUAAGGUAGAUGACACCAAUAGGACGGCACAUUGUGAAUGCAAGAAUGAGGAGCAGGAAAAAACUGAGAAAAUGAAGAGUAUGCAUCUAAAAUUCUGACAGCAGUUAAGGAGGCUCUUUCAGAUGAGCAUGCUAGUUUUGCUUCUGUGGAAGAGUUGUUCAGACAUUUAGGUAUUAAUCAAACUAUCUUUGAGAAGGCAUAUAAGCGGUUCUGUAGGAAAACGCAUGUUGUGUUAAAAAGGCAGGCCAAUGAGGUUUGGAUUAAUCAAUAUAGCAAACCACUGUUAAAAUGUUGGAAUGCUAAUAUUGACAUACAAUAUGUUGUUGAUGCAUGUGUAGUGUACAUCAUUUGUUAUAUUUCAAAGUCAGAAAAAGAGAUGGGACUGUUGUUGGGGAAUGCACAAAGGGAAGCAGCUAAGGAAGGAAAUGCUAGUGCAAAAGAUGCAUUGAAGAACUUAGGGCGUGUGUAUUUACACAACAGAGAUGUGUGUGCUCAAGAGGCUGUAUAUAGGUUAACAAACAUGCAUCCGAAGGAAUGUUCAAGGAAAGUUGUUUUUGUGCCAGUAGGGGAUAAUGUUGUUAAAAUGAGUUUGCCUUUACGUGUUUUAAAACAAAAGGCAGCAUCAGGUAAUCUUACCACAGAAGACAUGUGGAUGCCGAGUGGUGUUGAUAGAUACAAGAAUAGGCCAAACGAUGGUAGUUUUAAUGACAUGUGUAUUGUAACAUUUGCAUCAGAGUAUCGUGUUCUGUCUAAAAACGAGAAGUCUGCAAAUCGGAUUAAACUAAACAAUGAUUUAGGUUUUGUUUUGAAAAGAACACGUUCACAACCUGCAGUUAUGCGUUAUGUGCACUUUUCAGAGACAAAAAACCCUGAACUUUUCUAUCAGAGUAUUCUGCAAUUGUUUAUGCUGUAUCGUAAAGAUGUGCAGCUCAAACCACCAGGUUUUGAGACGUAUCAGCAGUUUUACAGUGGUGGUAGUGUGAGAUUAGCUGAUGGAUUGCUACAUUCGGUGAAGUCAGUUGUUGAUUUGAAUAGAAGUAAAUUCGAACAUGAUGCAGAUGAGUUGGAUACUAUCCAAAAUGCAGCUGAUAAUGAUGGUGUUUUAGAAGAUGCCUGGUGUGAGCUGUGCCCAGAGCAAGAAUUAGAGCAUUUAGAGUGCAACCAGCUAGGCAGAGAUGAGGAACAGGUACUGGAUGAGCAGAUAGAAAAUAUUCCUGAUUUAGGAGUGAGUAGGGAGCAAGUUGCACAUUUAGAAAAGAGAAAUAACAUCAUGUGCAGGAGUGAUGGUCUGGCAUUACUUCGAUCUCUUAAUGAGCCACAGAUGUGUAUUUUCUAUGAGAUUAGAAAUUGGUGUUUACAAAAGGUAAUGGGGGGGGGGAGCCAGACCCAUUACGUGUUUUCAUUACAGGUGGUGCAGGGACAGGUAAAAGCCAUUUAAUAAAGGCUAUUCAGUACGAGGCAAUGAGGUUGUUGUCAACAAUCUGUCGUCAUCCUGAUGACAUUUGUGUUUUAUUAACUGCUCCUACAGGGAUAGCUGCAUAUAAUUUACAUGCAGCUACUAUUCACAGCACAUUUAGCAUUGGGAAAGAUGUACGCUUACCUUACACACCGUUGGGUGAAGAAAAGCUUAAUUCUCUAUGUGCUAAAUAUAGUGGCUUGCAGAUUUUGAUCAUUGAUGAACUCUCCAUGGUUGAUCAUAAACUGUUAGCUUAUAUCCAUGGAAGACUGCGACAGAUUAAACAAUCUGGUGAUUCCCCAUUUGGAAAUGUUAGUGUGCUUGCUGUUGGAGAUUUUUUCCAGUUGCCUCCAGUGAAGGGCAAACCCUGGUUUGUGGUCUAGCCUAUUUAAAGUGGUGGAAUUAAAAAGUAUUGUUCGACAAAAAGAUCAUGUAUUUGCCGAGUUGCUAAACCGACUAAGAAUACGUUCAAAAGGGACCCCAAUGCAAGACAAUGACAUUGAGAUAUUAAAGCGUUGUGAAACAGGUGAAGUUAGCUCAGCUUUACACAUAUUUCCUACAAAUAGGCAAGUAAAUGAGCAUAAUGUUGUGCAGCUUCUUAACACGUGUCCUGAACAUGUACAGAUAAAUGCGCAGGACUUUGUAAAUGGUCAGAAAACAGGCAAGCUUGAGUUGAUGAAAGGACAUCAUGCCAAAGCAUAUGAUACAUGUUUGGCUGAAACACUGCUUUUGGGCGUAGAUGCCCGUGUAAUGUUGUGUAAGAAUGUAAACUUAAUGGAUGGUCUGGUUAAUGGGGUAUGUGGCACCGUAACUCAUAUAGUGUAUGGCAAUGACAAUAAUACGUUUCCUCAAACUGUGUAUGUCAAAUUUGACGACAAAGAAGUUGGUGCACAGAGGACACGCUGUGGUAAUGCGUCAGCAGUUGCAGUGGGUUCUACUGGUAUUGAACCAGAAGAGGAAAGGGUAACUAAGAAAGGUGGAUUGCGGCGUCAGUUCGCACUUAAACUUGCUUGGGCUUGUACAGUGCAUAAAGUGCAAGGCCUUACUGUUGAUAGUGCUGUAGUUUGUCUUAAAAAAUAUUUUCUGCAGGACAGGCAUAUGUGGCAUUGAGUCGUGUCAGAAGUUUGUCCGGGUUGGUAAUUCAAGAUUUUGAAGAUAAAACCAUAUAUUGUAAGGACAACAUUAAGGCUGCAAUUCAGAGUAUGGACCCAUUCUUGAUGAAAAAUCCAAUGAGCCACGUUUUGAAUACACAUACUUUUACUGUGUUUUUGAUGAAUGUGCAGAAUUUGACUCGGCAUGUAUCAGAUUUGGCAUUGUGUACACAGCAUUUGCGGCUUAACUGUAUUGCUGUUACAGAAACAUGGUUACCUGCUGAUUCCUCAUAUCACUCUGUCAACAUCAAUGGUUAUACAUUUGAUAGUUCUCCCUGAAGUUCGUCUUACAGCAGCAGCAACCCCGCAUUGGUUGAUUUGCAAGGCCAACAACAUGGUGGUGUUGGCAUGUAUAGUGCAUGCAGUUUGAAAUUUAACAUACUGAAAGUACCAGAUGUAAAUUUAGACUGUUUAGUGUACAACUGUCUACCUUACAACAUACUUAUAGCAGUUAUUUACAGGCCACCAUCUUAUCCCAUGGCUUUGUUUAAAGAAUAUCUAGGGAAGUUACUUGAUUGGCUAGAUCCAAGAAGUAACACAAUUGCUGUUAUGGGAGAUUUUAAUGAUGACAUUCGUAAAUCAUUAACAAUCUGCAAAUUUAUUACAGACAAAGGUUAUGUUCAGCUUGUCAAAACACCCACAACAGAGAGAGGCACAUUAAUUGAUCAUGUGUAUGUUAAAACAACACUAUCAAGUAGAAUCAAUAGUGUUACCAACAUACUUUAGCGAUCAUGAGGGGAUUGUAUAUUCUUUUCAAUGUACAACUGAUGACUUAUAACAGCUGCAAGUUCAGCUGACUUGGCAACAGAGGUGAAGAGGUUUCUCGUAACCAUAAUUGGAAGCCACAAGCGGCUGAACUGGGAAAGCUGCAGUCAUACAAUUUAGACAGGGGUGUGGUUUAGAUUUAAAAAAAUCAAGGCAUAGUUCAAAGAUUUGUGUAUUUGGAUCAUGUUUUAUUUUAUUUUGUGCAUGUUUCCUAUAGAAAUGAGUAGUUGUAUGUUUGCUGUGUUCUUUCCCCUCUGCUCUUCUCCCUGUACACAAACAGCUGCACCUCCAGUCACCAG